AUGUCUCCCAUGGUGAUAGUGCUUGGGGCUGCCUUGGUCGUCAUCAGCACACUAUAUAUGCUUGCCUCAUCACAGCGUCGUAAUGGAGAAGCAUCCGGAUUCAAUCGACCUUCAAGGACAUCCGAAGACGUCUUAGAGAUCAAGCCGCUGAAGGACCUGGACUGGAAGGGUGUCGAGCCCAACCAGUUUCGGCCGUUCAAGCCCAUCUAUCACAUCACCAUGGCUCUGCAAGCUGAUUCUCCCUCGGAGCUAAUCACCAUUGACUCGCAAUAUCUCGACAGAGUCUCCCUCCGCCGGCAGCUCGUUUCCCGACACGGCCACACGGUCCACGCCUGCCUCCUCUCCGGCCUCGAAGCCGUCCGCGAGCUGCACCAAUUCCUCCUCCGAGAUUAUCUCCCAACUCGCUUUCCGACCAUGUUCCAGCUCCGAGACCAGGACCGGCAAUUUGACAACCUCGUCACCGGCCGGACAUUCCCCACCACGCCCCCCGAGCACGCGGAGGAAGCAGAGGCUGCGCUUCGGAUGCUGGCCGAGACUGUGGAAGAGGACAUGUUCCUCCUGAUGGGAGAGCCGGAGGGGCACCGAGCCGUGGCCUUUGUGUGCUGCUUCCCGUCGGGUUUCGAUCCGUCGACAAAGGUCGGGGGGCUGCUGAGGGAGAUACACGCGCCGGUGCCGUCGUACGACAAGAUCGGGCCGAGCAUGGAGCGGUUCUUUAGCAGGAUCAAAGUGGGCAAGAAUGUGAAGCGGAUGAAUUGGUCUAUGCAAACGCACAGCGACUUGUUCAAUUAUAAUAGACACGACGGGCACAUGAGCGGCGACGGGCUCAAAGCCGAAGACAUUGACAUGAGCAAGACAUAUGCUCGCAUUGAGCUACAAACAGUCAGCCGACUACCCAAGACGAGGGCUGUGCUGUUCUCCUUCAAGACAUAUCUGUACCCCAUUGAGGACCUCAAGAAGGAAGGACUGGGACCGCAGGUAGCAGAUGCCAUCGAGGGCCUCAAGACGGGCAAUGCGCCGGGCAUGUGGAUGUACAAGGGUGCGCCGCAGUGGGCAGAGCCGAUUUGCAAGUACCUGCGUGCUUGACUCC